AUGGAUGGGCCCGUGGUUGGAUCACUAACAGACACAGAGCUCCACUUCGACUCAGACGGCAGUAAGGUGGAGGUGGGGUACUGGUAUGGACAGGUUUGUUGUUGCUGUAGCUAUGGCGAUUACCCGGCUCUGCCGGACCGCUCCCAGCAUGAGCGAGACCCCUGGUACCAGUGGGACCAUCCAGACCUGCGGAGGAACUGGGGAGAGCCGAUGCACUUUGACUUUGACAUGUACAUCAGGAACAGAGUGGACACGUCUCCCAGCCCCAUCAACUGGUCUACCAUGUGCAAGCGGUUCUUAGGGUUCUUCACCUUCAUGAUGGUCAUGUUUGGCCUGGGGGAGGUGUUCCCUGCUUACCAACCUGUAGCCCCAAAGCAGUAUCCCUACAACAACCUUUAUCUGGAACAUGGUGGAGAUCCAGAGAAGCAGACAGAACCUGCUAAACAUUACGAGAUCUAAACUGCUAUUUGUGCAUUUUAUUAUUGUGUAUGUGCAAAAUAAAGUUAAUGCUGAAACUAUU